ACUGUCAAGUUCUCCUAGGGCAGAUUACCCCCCAGUGCGCCAAACGCCAUAGCUCACUUGUUAAGCUACGGAAUCAAGUGAUUAAAAUUUCAGUGGAAAGCUGACGCUGCAAGCUACAACAUAUCCGAUUUUCAGAUCGUUUCAUCGAUUGGAGUUUUGGAUAUAGCUUUUCGAAGGUCGCGAGUUUUCUGGGCGUCAUAACGAAGUGCUGCAGAAAAUUCCAAGGAGCCAUUGAGUCAUCUGCUUAUAGCCUUCUCUAACCAACAAGUGGUAUCAGAGCCCAUUAUCACGCAUUUGGGACCUAAUAUACGAUGGGAGAUAAGGAGGACUCUGGUGGAGGUGAUACUUCAGUCCAAGGAGGCAGCUCAACCCAAGAUUCUGGCAUUGCAGAACAAAGGGGAGCGCGUACAAGCCAGGGGUCACUGCUUAAGGAGGUGCUGAAGAACUUCACCAUUGAGAAGUUCUCUGGAGAUGGCUAUGAUGAUUGGGCAUGGAAGAUGCAGCUCUACUUUCGACAAAUUGGCCUCUUGAAGCUCAUGAUUGGAACGGAGCCAAGGCCAAAGGAAAUGGCAGAGCAAGCGGUUUGGAUGAACGUUCAUCUGCUGGGUAUUAUCUACUGUCACAAAGCUUGGAGCUGAACCAGAGGCAUCACAUCAUGCAUCUGCUACCGGAAACUGAUUGUGGGCCCAAGGCAUGGGCAGUGCUCAAGGACCUGCAUGGUCCGACAUCGGUUGCCGCUUCUCUCAUGCUGGAUCGGGAGCUGUCCAUGCUGAGGUUGAGCGAGAAUGAACCUGUGCAGCCCGUUCUGGACAAGAUGAGGGAACUCUACGCGAAAUUGGCGAUUGCAGGCAUCACGUACGCUGAGCAGACUAAGUGUCUCAAGAUGCUCAGCCUGCUGCCCGAGUCUUGGCUGCAAUUUAUAAGCGGACUCAGCUUGCCACAAAACCAAAGUCAAUGGACAUUGGAGUGGAUUCGCACCAAGAUUCUGGAAGAAGAUUUUCGUCGCUAUACACUGCGCGGAGGUGAUGACAGCACCAGCGGCUAUGCCAUGCAAGGGACAUGGAGGGAUCGAGGGCGUGGCAAUCGCGGUCGCUCUCACUACAGCCAAGGUGGCCGCGGGACUUGGAACCAGCGGGGGCGUGGUGGCGCUGGUGCAAGAGGAAGAGGUGGUCACUCCAACAAUGACAACAGUGAACCACGCUUGAGGGGAGAGUGCUGGUAUUGCAAGGAAGAAGGGCAUCCAUGGUUUCGCUGCUCUACCAAGCCCGACUGGUGGACCCCUUGGAACCAAUCGCAAAAGGGGAAUGGAGGAAAGCAACCACAUGGAGGUGCCAACAUGGUAGCUGAUCCUGCUGAAGAAACCUCUAAGAAUGACAGAGGAAUGGGAAAUGAGGAGAGGAAUGCUGGACAGUUCUACCAUGUGUGUGACAAAGAUGACAGUGGCACAGCUGUUGCAAGGGCUGGAGAGGAAUUGCACCCGCUUGACAUGUGGGUCAUGGACUCUGGUGCUGCAGGAACAAUGACACCAUGCAAGGACUUGCUGGAUGCUGUGCGAGUGCCUCCAAUCUCUGAAGUGCGCUCAGCAUCCGGACAUGCAGUGAAGGUCGCUGGAGUUGGUCGAGCUGCAUUCAGAGCACCUGAUGGUGGACUGGUUGUGCUGUAGGACGUGUUACUUGUACCAGGGCUGAAGGGGCCAGGCCGGAGUCAGCACCACCACCAACGGAUCCAAAACAUUCAAGGGGCUGCGAGGAGAUCGUGUGUUAUGGGAUUUACACGAAAGCAGAGAUGUCUUCAGAUCCAUGUGGCAGAUCCCUGCACUGAUAUGGGAAUCAACAAAGAAGGAGUUGGGAAUAGUAAAGGCGGGAUCUGGAGUCCAGGGGGAGUGCAAGGCAGUUAGUGCUGCAGGAGUGACGGUUUCUGCAAGGUCGGGGGAGACUGAUUGGGAAACCGCACACAGGCGUCUGGGGCAUGUGGCUAUGCCAUUGCUGCAGCAACUGCAUAAGGAAGGAGCAGUAAAGGGGCUGAAGCUGUCUGGGCAACCAAAUGAUACCAAGUGCGAGACGCGUCUGCUGAGCAAGUUCACACGGUUCCCCUUUCACGGUGUAGCUGGGAAAAGCAAGGCAGCACUGGAACUGGUGCACAUGGACCUGGUAGGACCUUUUCCAGUUCGAGGAAGUAAGGGGGAAAGGUACUUCCUGACAAUAGUUGAUGACUGGAGUCGGCUGAUGUGGGCAUACCCGUUGAAGCAGAAGGAUCAUGCUGCCUCAACAAUACAAGAUGACUGGCUGCCGUUCGUCGAGCGACAAUCUGGGCACCCAUGCAAGAGCAUCAGAACCGACCGAGGUGGAGAGUUUCUAGGAGGAGAUCUGACUGCGUGGCUCAAGAAACAAGGCAUUGAGCAUCAGCUAACGACGUCCUAUACCCCUCAGUCAAAUGGCGUUGCUGAGAGGGCUAAUAGGACCAUCCUGGAAACUGCGCGAGCGCUGCUGAUCGAAUCAGGGCUGGGGAACUCCAUGUGGCCUCAUGCGGUGAGGCAUGCUACAGUGGCAAGGAACCGCGUACUCACAAAGGUGGCUGAUGAUAUGUGGGUGCCGCUGGAGAGGUGGCUUGGAAAGGAGCCUCCAGUGGACAUGCUCAGAGUGUUCGGAUGCAUGGCAGUGGCGCAUGUCCCUAAACCGCACAGGACAAAGCUUGGAGCAUCUGCACUGUGGUGUGUGCACCUUGGGCUUGCGGCAGAGAGCAAGGGGUGGCUACUCUGGGAGACCUCAAAGAAUGUGCUGUUUGACAGUUGGGAUGUCAAAUUUGUGGAGAACAUCAUGUAUGGCAAGUGGGAGAAGCAGCCGGAGGCAAGGGUCACCCAGCAGCUGGAAGAGAUCACUAUGCACUUCGAUUUGUCCGAACCUGAGGACAGCGAAGUCACUGCGCCAACGGCAAGCGGUACUGAUGAAGGAAGCAAUGAGGAUAUUGCAGCUGAUGCUGAAGUCAAGGAUCCGGAGCAGCAGCAGCAAGAGGCUUCCAAAACACCAAGUCUGCCAAAGCGAAGGAAACAGAUUGGUGGGGGGACAAAGGAUUGGGUGAAGGUGAAAGAAUGGGUAAAUCCAACCAUCUACCCUGCACGUACCAGAAUGGCAACGAGAAAGCUGCUGAGCUCUAGAAGUGGAGGAGCCACAACUGAGCACCAGGAACAGGCUCAAGGCGAAGAUGCAGUGCUGUUCUUGGGUGAUGACCAAGAGUCAGAUGACGAGGAGCCUGCAUACUGCUUUUACGCACCAAUACAACCUCCGAGCAUGGAUCAUGCGCUAGCCGGGCCUCAACGGGGGAAGUGGCUCGUUUCAAGAGAUGCAGAGUACAACAGCCAGAUGGAGAAUCACACAUGGGACCUGGUGUACUUGCCAAAUGGGAAGAAGGCAAUACAGUGCAAGUGGCUGGCAAAAAUCAAGACGGAUGAGAAAGGAGAGCCAUCAGUUUACAAGAGCAGGCUGGUGGCAAAGGGGUUUCAGCAGAAAGAGAAGGAAGAUUACAAAGAAGUGUUUGCCCCAACUGCUAAGUCUCCAACGCUACGUGUGCUGCUGACGGUAGCUGCUGUGCGCAAAUGGAAGGUGAAGCAGAUGGACAUCGUAACCGCUUUUCUGUACGGCAUUGUGGAAGAGGAGGUGUACAUGGUUCAACCACCUGGCUAUGAGGAUAGAACCAGUCGUGUCUGCAAACUUAACAAGGCCAUCUAUGGCUUGAAGCAGGCCCCGAGAUGCUGGUACAACAGGCUGGCCAGUGCACUGGAAGGGAUUGGAUUCCGUGCGAGUGCAUGCGACAAGAGCCUAUUCCUGAUGGGCGAGGGGGAGUCACUUGUGCUUCUGCUGGUGUACGUGGAUGACAUCCUGCUCUUCAGCAGCAGUGACAAGGAGAUCGAUGGGGUGCAGCGGAAGCUCACAGAGCAGUUCAAGUGCAAGUCACUUGGAGAGGCAAGAUACUACCUGGGAAUGCACAUUGAGCGGGAUACUGAACGUGGCUGGCUCAAACUGCAUCAGGGACAGUACAUCAAUACCUUGGCUGAGAAGUACUCUCUGCAGGAAGAACGGGAAGUGGUCACACCUUUGCCUUCCGAGUUCAAACUCAUAAAGGCAGCUGAAGGAGAAGGAGUUGAGAGUGAAGACCAGAGGCAAUUCCAAUCCAUGGUCGGGAGCCUACUCUACGCUGCUGUGCAUACUCGGCCUGACAUCAGCUUUGCUGUGGGACAGCUGGCUCGAGUAGUGCAAAAUCAGUCUAAAAGGAGUUGAAGUCCUCAAAGAGAAGGGGGAGCAGCUCGGAGAAGGAAAGGUGUUCCUUUCCUGUUUUGCUGAUGCCACAUGGGCUUCUGAGCAUGAGGAUUCAUCAUCAGUUGGUGGAUACAUCUGCAUGGUGGGAGGUGGGCCUGUAAGUUGGAGGUCCAAGAAGCAGUCUGAGACGGCACUUUCUUCAGUGGAAUCUGAGUACAUGGCGAUGUUUCAUGCGGCAAAAGAAAUCAUUUGGCUAAGGAGGCUCUUGAAGGAGAUCGACCAUGAACAGACUUGCGCGACACCUCUGUUCAGUGACAGCAAGGGAGCCAUUGCCAUGGCACGCAAUGCAGUUCUUCAUGGGUUGAACAAGCACAUGAGGAUCAAGUGGCAUUGGCUGCGGAAGGAGGUGAAGCUUGGGACACUGGAUCCGAUCUACGUGAAAACUCAGCAACAGCCAGCCGACUUCCUUACCAAGCGGCUAGCUGAAGAGCCACACUGGCGCUGUGCGAGGAUGGCGGGAAUGUCCUUGAACUAGAGACGGCAAAACAAGCCGACAGUCUGAGGGGGAGUGUGUUGGUGCAUAUUCGUUUGCACGUCAUCCUGUCGUCUGUUCGCAUCAUUUCGUUGCAUGUGUUUUGUGUGCUACGUCGUUUGUAUGGUUUGUUGGGUUUGCAUGUCUUUGCAUGUUCAUCUUGUGCUUGGGCAGAUGUGCUUGGAUUGUACAUCAGAUCGAUCGCAUUCCAACGAGCCAAGAAUUGUUGGAAUCGGAGCACAUAUGAAGAAGUUACGAAGAAAUGUUUGAUGGAUUUGUUACAACUCAUUGGAAGUCCUUGGCAGCUGCUACACCAAAGUUGGAGAGCCCUAUAACGAGGAGGGACCAGCAUGUGUGGGACUUUUGUCCUCACCUUGCAGCUGCAGCAUUUGGGGUUUGGAGGCCAACCUGGCACAGUGUGAAUUUUGUCUUGCCAGGCUGGUUGAACCUGAGGAUGGGGAGUCAAGACUUUGACUCUUGUCAUGUUCUUGGGCAAGGGCCUCCAGGGUCCUUCCCUUUUAUCCUUCUCUUCCUACCCCACCUUCCAACUGUGCUUCAAUGUCUUUUCCAUCAUGCCUCUGAACUUGUAAGCUUCAAUUA